AUGUCGGGUUUCAUCCACAAAGCCGAAGACGCUCUCCAUCUUCACCACCACAAGGACAAGGCCGAGCACAAGCACGAAGAUGCACAUGAGCAUCCUCCCACCAUCGGUCGUGAAGGCCACGAGCACACCCACCGCUCUCACCCCCCUCAGAACAAGCAUAUGCACCCCCACCCCAACGAGGAGCAGAUCGCCCGGGACGAUUUCCGCUCUGACAGAGAAUAUGACCGUGCGUUGAGGUCUCCGCACCAUGGGCCGGGAAUUGGGUUUGAGGCGUAG